UUGACGUAAAAAAAAAGAAGAACGGAGAAACUUCGCGCUUCUAGAUUGUGCAGUUGUCAACUUUUACAAUCUUUUUUUUCCUUUAGAAUUUUAAACAGCUUAUUCAACGCGUUUAAUCACAGACAUGGCGCUCAGUGACGCUGGUGUGCAGAAACAGAUUAAGCACAUGAUGGCCUUCAUUGAGCAAGAGGCAAAUGAAAAAGUUGAGGAAAUUGAUGCAAAGGCAGAAGAAGAGUUCAACAUCGAGAAAGGUCGUGUGGUGCAGACACAUCGGUUGAAAAUCAUGGAAUACUUUGAGAAAAAGGAAAAGCAGAUUGAACAGCUUAAGAAAAUCCAGAUGUCUAACCUGAAGAACCAAGCGAAGCUCAGAGUGCUAAAGGCUCGCGAUGACAUGAUUACGGAUUUGUUGAAUGAAGCCCGUGAAAGACUCGCAGAGAUUGCGAAGGACCCUGAUCGGUAUCCUGCUCUGUUGGAGGGCCUGGUGCUUCAGGGAUUCUACCGCCUGCUAGAACCUAAAGUUACCAUUCGCUGCCGGCAGCAGGAUGUAGAAAUGGUUCAGGCUGCAGUCGAUAAGGUUGUUCCUGUCUACAAAGAGGCUGUGAAGAAAAACAUAGACGUCAGAAUCGACAAGGAGAGAUUUCUUUCAUCAGAGAUCUGUGGAGGAAUUGACGUGUACAAUGAUAAUGGGAAGAUUAAGGUUUCCAACACUUUGGAGAGCAGGUUACACCUCAUAGCACAACAGAUGAUGCCUGAAAUCAGAGCAACUUUGUUUGGUGCAAACCCCAACCGCAAGUUCUUGGACUAAAGAGAUCUGGGUGGAUUAUUUGAGGUGACUGCAGACGUCUCACUCAGGUCAAAGACGACAGUCUUUUCCUUUUUGGAUUAUUGUUAUAUAUGUGUUUGAAUAUCUGGGUCUAUGUGUUGAUGGACUGGGUAAUAAUUAAAUGCACUUGUUCAUAUAUUUAAGUGCACUCUUGUGUUUGAUCUCUGCGGGGUGUAAAUAAAAGGAUUCUCUUCUCUUGUAUGUUGCAAGUAUGUUUAAAACAUGCAUCUUUUCAUUUCAGCUAACCUGAUGCUCUUUGGUAUAAAGUCAGUGAGCUGAAUUUAUUUUUAUCAAAAGGUGUACUUUUUUCCUUACAGGUGUGUAAAGGUGUGUUAAUGUUUACAGGCUUUCAGAACAUUUAUGUGUGUUACAUAUAUGCAGCAAAAGGCAGCUUGUAUUGCUCAAAAGGACAAAUACCAAAUUAAUAAAAUGUUUACACACAAAUG